ACGGCAAGUGGUGCGGAGAGGUAACUAUUCCCUCUGUUCAUAUUCGCCAAACAUCGUGCGUGAUUCGCUGUAUGUACGUCACGCUAUAUGCGAUUGGCAGUGGGAGCGUCAGCAGAGCAGCAGAAGACACGACAGAAUCGGUUCGAUUCAGAAUCGAGUAAAAAAGUAUACGGUUCGAAAAGCAAAAACUCAGUUAAAUUACAGCGCUCAACAAUCACGUUUGGCUGAAGCAAAAAGAAAAAAAAAACAUUUUUUUUUGUGCUCAAAAUGGUAAUGUGUUUUUAAGUACAUUCGUACUGCAGGGCGGCAAAAAAAAAAUAAUAAGAAAAAAAAAAGAAAAGCUGUGCGUCAAUUGAAAGCGGAUCAAACCGGACAACGGCAGCAAAAUUCCCAACUCGAUACGCUCCGCUCCACAUCCACAUCGACAACCACAACCCGAUCCACAACCAUCUCAGGCCGAUGGUGGCAUUGGUGCCAUUGGUAAUGCGAACGACGCCUGGACAAUGGAGAAGCGCAUCACUUUCGGUUCCGGCUAUGCCUACGACAUCGCCUACAGCAGCAGCAGGAGAAGCACCACGGCUCUACUCGCUGCAGCACCACCAUCAGUAGAAGCAGCUGCUACUCCACCAUCAGCAGAAGCAGCUUCUACUCCACCAUCAGCAGAAGCAGCUGCUACUGCUGCUGCCAUCACCACCACUAUCAAACUCUCACUUGCAACGCGGAUAGGCAGCAACGGGAACAGCAGCGACAGUGGCAACAAACCGCAAUCAGCAAUCGAUGGCAACUCUAGUCCCAAAUUGGCUAGAUUUCAGGGCCUCAGUGUCAAUGUGUCAAUGCCGCCAACAACAACAACAUUUUCACCUCGCAUCAACAAACAGCAACAACAAGCAGUAACAACAACAACAGCAACAUUUAAUCAUAAGCAGCAGUACAAUCACAUCAACAACAACAACAAUAAUAAUAAUAAUAAUGGCAACAAUGCGUUGAGGCUCCAGAAACAGACGCCAGCAGCGACGCUGGAACAAUAUGCGUUGGGCAACAACAGCAGCAGGACGAAGCCGCGCAACAAAAGCGAAGAGGCCAUCAGCGAUUUGCUGCAUCGCAUACCGGACAUUGGCCAGAUAUUCAAUGUGCAGAGUCGCAUCGGCAACGGUACAUUUAGCACCGUGCUGCUGGCAACGCUGAAGCGGGAGGCACAACUGCCGGACGGAAUGCGGCGCAAGUUUGCGAUCAAACAUCAUAUACCCACCAGUCACCCGGAUCGCAUUAUGAAGGAGCUGCAAUGCAUGACAGAUAUGGGGGGCACCAACAACGUGGUUGGCGUCCACUGCUGUUUGCGCUACGAGGCAUCGGCGGCUUUUGUGAUGCCCUACAUGCCGCACGAUCGUUUUCACGAUUUCUAUACGAAAAUGGAUGUGUCGGAGAUUCGUUUGUAUAUGCACAAUCUGCUCCAGGCGCUGCGACAUGUCCACAAGUUCAAUGUCAUCCAUCGGGAUGUGAAGCCCAGCAAUUUUCUGUACAAUCGCCGGCAGGGCCAAUUUCUGCUUGUCGACUUUGGUCUCGCUCAGCAUGUGAAUGUCUCUCAGCAGCAACAGCUUCACCUCCAGCUCCAGCAGCAGCAGCCGGCAUUGCGUGGCGGUGGCAGUGGCAAGGCUAUGUUAAGCAACAGCAGCAAGCGGCCGAGGGAACGCGAAGUGAACUCAAAUCAGCAGCAGCAACAACUGCCGACGACGACGACGAUGGAGGCAACACUUGGUGGCGCCGUCAAGCGGAUGCGGCUCAUCGAUGACCAGGCGGUGAGCAACUGGAACAAGAUGCCGCUCAAGCCUGUAAAUUCUGCGAUUGCUGCACAGUCUGCCAAGCAGCAGUCGGCGCUUAACGAAGAUGCCACUGUCUCGGCCAAUCAGGCGACGGGCAAUCAGCAGCAGAUGCCGUCACAGCUACCGAGCAACAUACAGCAACCGGAACAGAGUGCACCAUCCGUUAGUAAAUACAACACAAAUCGCACAGCUGGCGGUGCGAGUGGUGCUGUUGGUGGUGCGAGUGCUGCUGCUGCAGCUGCCGGUGGUGCCUUGAGCGGAUCGAAAUGUUUUUGCUUUGCCAAUCCGAGCGUUUGCCUCAACUGCCUGAUGAAGAAGGAGGUGCAUGCAUCGCGAGCGGGCACACCCGGCUAUCGGCCGCCGGAGGUGCUGCUCAAGUAUGCGGAUCAGACGACCGCUGUUGAUGUGUGGGCGGCGGGUGUCAUCUUUCUAUCGAUACUCUCGUCGGUGUAUCCGUUCUUUAAGGCGCCCAAUGAUUUUGUGGCACUGGCCGAGAUUGUGACCAUCUUUGGUGAUCGAGCCAUACGCAAAACGGCCCUCGCCUUGGAGCGCAUGGUGACGCUUAGCCAGCGAUCGAAACCAUUGAAUUUGCGUAGCCUGUGCCUGCGAUUCCGGCAUCGGCUCAUCUUCAGCGAUCAGCGGAUGGUGCGCAAAUAUGAAUCGGCCGAUGGACGCAUCCUUAUGUGCAAGAACUGUGAUCAAUACUCCUUCAAUUGCCUGUGCGAGGAGACCUUAUAUGUGACGGAGCCACUCGAUCCCUACGAAUGCUUUCCGGAGAGUGCCUACGAUCUGCUCGGUCAACUGCUCGAGAUCAAUCCACAUAAGCGCAUCAGCGCCGAGGAGGCUCUCAAUCAUCCAUUCUUCACGGAGCCACAAGCAAACAACAUCAACACCACCAGCACCAGCAACACUGCUGCCAAAGUGGGGCGCCACAAUGACGCACUGAGGCAAACGACGCGCAGGCGCGCCACCAAAGCAGAGCCAGAGGCAGAAGCUGGAAUGGGAUCGGGAGCUGUAACUGUAGCUGGAGGAGUAUCUGGCCAACAAUAUGCUGCAGAUGCAACUGGAACUGCAACUGCGGAGCAGCUGCAUCCAAAUUUAAACAAAUUGUGAAAACUAGUCGAAACCCUUUUUACAACCAAUAGAAGUAAUUUUUUUUUUUUUUUUUUUUGCACCAGUGUCAAGUUUUGUAUAUAUAACAUGUACAUAUGUACACUCACACACACACACACCUACACCACUCACACACACACACCAUCACCUUCAUCAUCGUCAUGAACACUGCCCAGUUAUCAUCUAGCAGCCCCAUGCAUAUCUUUAGUGAGGAUUAGAAGGGAUCACAAAGCCGAAAACCCAAAUUGCCGUCCUCGGACGCAACUACUUAAAAA